GCUCCCUUGGACCAGGAAGAACUCUUGGGAGCGAGAACACUCUGGUCACGCAAUCCCAGGGUGCGAGGAAGACAGCCGAAGAAGGAGCCCGAGGGCUGGGGCUCCGCACAAAGCCCUCGCCAUCAGAACCAUGGGGCAUCCCCCUCUGGAGUUCAGCGACUGCUACCUGGACAGCCCCGAUUUCCGCGAGAGGCUCAAGUGUUACGAGCAGGAGCUGGAGAGAACCAAUAAAUUCAUUAAGGACGUGAUCAAAGAUGGCAACGCGCUUAUCAGCGCAAUGAGAAAUUAUUCUUCAGCUGUUCAGAAAUUUUCUCAGACACUUCAGUCCUUUCAGUUUGAUUUUAUUGGAGACACUCUGACUGAUGAUGAGAUUAACAUUGCUGAAUCCUUCAAGGAAUUUGCUGAAUUGCUCAACGAAGUAGAAAAUGAGAGGAUGAUGAUGGUACACAAUGCUAGUGAUUUGCUGAUUAAACCCCUGGAAAAUUUUCGGAAGGAGCAAAUAGGCUUUACCAAGGAGCGGAAAAAAAAAUUUGAAAAGGAUGGUGAGAGGUUUUAUUCCUUGCUGGAUCGGCACUUACAUCUAUCUUCCAAAAAGAAAGAAUCUCAGUUACAGGAGGCAGACCUCCAGGUGGACAAGGAGAGGCACAAUUUCUUUGAGUCCUCCCUUGAUUAUGUUUAUCAAAUCCAGGAAGUUCAGGAGUCCAAGAAGUUCAACAUUGUGGAGCCAGUGUUGGCCUUUCUUCAUAGUCUCUUCAUUUCCAACAGCUUGACUGUGGAGCUCACACAGGAUUUUCUCCCAUACAAACAGCAGCUCCAGCUCAGUUUGCAGAAUACAAGAAAUCAUUUCUCCAGUACCCGGGAAGAGAUGGAAGAACUUAAGAAAAGGAUGAAAGAAGCUCCCCAGACAUGCAAACUUCCAGGACAGCCUACCAUCGAAGGCUAUCUCUAUACACAAGAGAAAUGGGCUUUGGGAAUAUCCUGGGUGAAAUAUUACUGCCAGUAUGAGAAGGAGACCAAAACGCUCACCAUGACACCUAUGGAGCAGAAGCCAGGUGCUAAACAGGGGCCUUUGGACUUAACCCUGAAGUACUGCGUGAGGAGGAAGACAGAGUCUAUCGACAAAAGGUUCUGUUUUGAUAUAGAAACUAAUGAAAGGCCAGGAACCAUCACUUUGCAGGCCCUUUCAGAAGCUAACAGAAGGCUAUGGAUGGAGGCCAUGGAUGGAAAAGAACCUAUCUACCACAGCCCCAUAACAAAACAGGAAGAAAUGGAGCUGAAUGAAGUGGGGUUCAAGUUUGUUAGGAAGUGCAUCAAUGUCAUUGAGACUAAAGGGAUCAAGACAGAGGGAUUAUACCGUACUGUGGGCAGCAACAUUCAGGUUCAGAAGCUGCUGAAUGCCUUUUUUGAUCCUAAAUGCCCAGGAGAUGUUGAUUUUCAUAAUAGUGACUGGGACAUUAAGACAAUCACCAGCUCCUUGAAAUUCUACCUCAGGAAUCUUUCUGAACCUGUCAUGACCUAUAGACUUCACAAAGAGCUGGUCUCGGCUGCCAAGUCCGACAACCUGGAUUACCGGCUGGGAGCUAUUCACUCCCUGGUAUAUAAGCUACCCGAAAAGAACCGAGAGAUGCUGGAACUUCUUAUAAGACACUUGGUCAAUGUAUGUGAGCACAGCAAAGAGAAUCUUAUGACCCCUUCCAACAUGGGCGUGAUCUUUGGGCCCACUCUGAUGAGAGCUCAGGAGGAUACUGUCGCUGCCAUGAUGAACAUCAAAUUCCAGAACAUUGUGGUGGAAAUCCUAAUUGAGCACUUCGUCAAGAUCUAUUCAGGUCCACCUGAGGAAAGUGCCACACCCCCAGUGCCUCCACCUCGAGUGACAGCAAGAAGGCACAAACCAAUCACAAUUUCAAAACGCUUGCUGCGGGAAAGAACAGUUUUUUAUACUUCUUCCUUGGAUGAAAGUGAAGAUGAAAUCCAACAUCAAACACCCAAUGGUAUUAUCGCCAGCAGUAUGGAACCCCCCAAGCUACCACAAUACCCCAAACUGCCUAUUCAGAGGAGUGGAGAAGCUGACACUGGGAGGAAGUCUCCAAGUAGCAGGCCUGUUUCAGAUGGCAAGUUGGAGUCCUGUCCUGAAGUGGAUGUGGGGAAGCUGGUGUCUAGGCUGCAGGAUGGAGGGACCAAGGCCAUACCAAAGGCCACCAAUGGACCUGUGCCAGGCUCUGGACCCACCAAAGCCCCCUCUUUCCACAUAAAGAGACCAGCUCCUCGACCCCUGGCUCACCACAAGGAGGGAGAUUCUGACAGUUUCAGCAAAGUGCGGCCUCCAGGAGAAAAGCCUACCAUCGUCCGCCCCCCAGUGAGGCCUCCAGACCCUCCAUGCCGGGCAGCUACUCCCCAAAAGCCAGAACCAAAGCCAGAUAUUGUGGUUAGCAAUGCAGGGGAAAUCCCAUCAUCUGUGGUGGCUUCCAGGACCAGGUUCUUUGAAACAGCUUCCCGAAAAACAGGAAGUUCUCAAGGCAGAGUUCCUGGAGAUGAGAGUUGAGGCCUCCGGUUUUAAAAUCCUUGGCCUCAGGGGACCCUUCACUGUUCUGGAAGGGUCUUCUUCAAACUCUUCUGUGCUGAGUCAUUUUGUGCUGAAGAGAGCAGCUCCUUCCUGGCCCUGCACCUUCAGGCUCUAGGAUGCUAUAAAAUAAGGGGCACAUGUCUUAGACACAGGUUUAUUUCUCUUAUGUAUUCUGUCUUUGUUCCCUCAGAAGGUCUAUGUUGAGCUCCUAUAUGAUUGUGAAUGGCUGAACUCCCUCAAGCCACACUGCAGAAACCAAGCUAUCUACUGACCUGAGUCGAAGAAAGGAACUUAGUUUUCAACUCUUCUCUGAAUUUCCUGUCUCCUCAAAAGACCAUCAAACUCUGAAAUAUUUGGGACUAAAGACUGAUCUCAGAGGUCUUACCCUGAAGUAAAAGCUACUUGAGUUGGGGCCAUUGCUUGCCUUGGAAGUAGAAGAGUAGGAAUGUUUGCCAAACAUUGGUGAAUCUUAACAUGUCUCUUACUGAGGAUAAUGACCCUGGCACCAGGUUGGAGCUCUGGCACUGCAGUAUAUUGCCAAGAACCUGUCUGUUCCUGUUGGGCCAGACAGCAUGGGUGAUCCCAACCACAACUUCAUGUGAACUCAGGACGGUGGCCUUUCUGUUUUUGCAUAAAACCA